GCGUUCAUUUUAAUUUCUACAUUGUGAUUGCGCCGCUUGGCGAGUUUCGCGCUGCAUUGUCUGUCAAAUACCCCUUUUGCUAGUUUUUCACGAAUGACUGUUUAAUCCCAAUACAAAUAUGUUGCAGCUUUUAAGUUCCACUUCUUACGAUGCCUCUUUCAUCCAACUGAAUCGGUGUAGAGGUCUUCCUGUCUAAACGGUAAAGCUUCAUCACCGCUCAACUAAUCGCUGCAAGUUCGUCGUGCGCCGAAAACUCCUCGACCCGUCACAAUCAUGUCUACACCUGCAACAUCGGUUAACAUAAGCGUUGAAGCUGGGCAGGAGUAUCAAGUGCAAGAGAUAGCGUACGAUGGACAAGAAAUUUACGUUCAGCCAUGUUCCAUGUCCGAGAACCUCACCAAGUUGGCCCAGAAGAUCGACUUUGGGAAGACGGAUGGCAGUUCACUGGAUUCAGCCAUGGACACGUCCGCUUCCGGUGAAGAGCAAAAGGCCUCUUUCCAGCCUUCUCUCUGGCCGUGGGAUUCUGUCCGCUCAAAGCUACGAAAUGCCCUGACUGAAGUGAGUGUCCUGUCGGAUGUCCUCAACAUUGCCAAACAGAAGCACUACAUGGUGUUGGAUCCGGUGUCGCAAGAACAACCCGAGCAUAAACCAGUAGCCAUGAUGUUGGCAAAGAAAAAGGCUUUGGCAUCAGCGGCAACGACGCUUCUCAAUGGUGCGGAGUGCCUGCGGACAUCCCAGGCGGAGGCGGCCGGAAGGAUGCGUCUUGUGCCUGAUUUUCACGUUGAGCUGCUGCACAUGCGCCAGAAUUGGCGACUUAAAAAAGUCGGCAACACCAUUUUGGGAGACCUUUCGUAUCGUAGUGCUGGUUCCCGCUUCUGGCAAAGCGGUACCUUCGAGGUUUCCAAGAGUGCCCAGGCUCUGGCCAUCACCAAACAGCCAACAACCCCCGAAAUUGGGACUUCUGGUGCUCCCCCGAGAGGCAGCUCCCUCAAGGUGACCCUGCCCUCGGAGCUCGAGGGCAUUUCCUACAUCCAAGUCACCAUCCAGAAAGAUACGGAGACAAUAGCGAGCGGCCAGCUCAGCAUCAACCUGCCGCAGAACGCAUUUUCUAAUCCAGACAGCGCAUGGCAACAGCGACUGGAAGCCGCUCAGAAUGUGCUCUUCUGCAGGGAACUCUUCUCUCAGCUGGCCCGUGAGGCUGUUCAACUCCAGCCAUCAAUUCCAAACUUGGUGGUGGGAAACGAAAUCACGACAUCCUUGUUUCCGGGUAUUCAGCUCUGCAUUGGACUCUGUCAUCGUACCCUUCAGGAUCGCAAACCGGUACCCCCUCCAGCGCGUCUGGACCACAAGCAUGUCUUGGAGCACUCCCUGCACCAACUUUUGCGGGAAUACCAUUAUUCUGCCCUUCACCACUCUGCACCGCGUCCUGCGUCGGCCGUCAUGGGACUUGGCCGCAGGAGACGACUCGCAGGUCCCCACGCGUACGACCGAGCACGAUUGGCCGAAACUCUUCACAGUGAGACACUUCUGGAGAAGAUCAUUGCGCAAACUCAACACGUCGUCAUGCGCCUGAGGACAAUGUCAGUGAUAGACCAGUUUGCUAGCGAAGUGAAAGAUCCCCUGGUGGUUGCCCAUUGGAUGUGCAUGAGCAGCCCCAUCAAUAACUCCGUCAAAAUCAACAUCCUGUCACAGGGAUACGAAGUCAUCUGCAGAACGCCGCUCGUGAUCCAAAUUGAGGAAAAAAAUCUCAAGGCCAUCUGCCGCGAUGGUCGAGUCAUCAACCUCUCCUAUGAGCCGCAAGAGUUACGUUACUUACUCAUGUGUCAGGGUGAUCUCUGUACGAUGCAGCCCACAGUCUGGUGCGCACGUGUCCGUCUCUUCGUCCCCACAGCAACAAGACUUCUACCCAUCAACGCUGGUCCGGGAUCGAAAGUGGCACAACCUGAGUGGCUCCUUCAGAGAGGUUUGCCUCUCGCGUAUGCAUGGCAAGUCAUUUCUCGCAAAGAUGGAGCUGCUCAUGGCAGCACUAACAACCUAACUCACAUUUUGUACAAAUCUCGGCCUGUGAUUAAAAGUAUGCGAAAUACAUUUCAAAAGGAACAAACAUUGUGCACACUGGUUAAAAACUGUCCAUCCAGCAUCCAUGCUUCCAGACACCCUCAUUGCUGAACUACCACAUGUGUGGCAUUAUGCCAAUGCUACCUAGACUGACAAAUGCUUAGUUGUCCCCCCAAUCCCAGUCACACAGGUAGCCAAAAUCAUGUCACUGUUCAUGGCAAACAUGUACCCCAUGGUGCCUGCAUAGUAGAAGCUCAGGCCCUUCUCUCGUUAUCCCAGUUUUAGUUAUUCGUACCUUCAAUGCCACAUUCAGCCCUUUCUAAAAUAUACCAUUUAUUAUUGUAUUUUCAAAAACGUGUAAUCAGAGGUCAGUCAACCAAGCUCGUAUCGGAGACGGCGGAGACGUUGAAAAUCAGUGUUUGGCCCACAUGCACCCUGGUAGUCUUCCAGCUCUGUGUUGAAGACUGCCCAGCUCAAUUUGUUGGGCGACACAUAGUGCGCGGACAAUGUGUGAUCAGCGUAUACAAGCUGGAAAAAAGUGUGUUCGCAUAUACCUUUGUUUUUAUCUGCUCUCUAAAUGAUGGUGGUGGUGGUUCUCAAGAUGAUGAUUCCGCUUACUUUUUGAGAAAUCGUUUUUUCAGUGUCAUAUAUGUACUGCUCGUGGGUGUAUCGGUUCCCACUAACAACAAAUUCUUCAGGGUACAGCACUUGCGUUUUGCUAAAUGGUGUGGUGCACACCUGCGAUGAAAACAGAGGGCACAUCACUGGUUGUUAAAAGUAAGUUGAUAAGAUCGCGAUAAUUCAGCU